CGUGGAAUCGGGCCCUGUCCGAAGGAAGAUGAUGGCGAUGCCGAUGCCGACCGGCAAGUCCGAGCGAGCAGAUAAAGUUCUCCCUCGAUGAUAAGCUCUCAUCGGCAUUUCGUCAGACACCUUGCGGGCGACGGCCCUCCGCUCCCUCGGAGGCCAUGAACUCUCGCCCGCCGGAGACGUCCCGACCCAUCUGAUCCUCCCGGCUCUCGUGCAAGGAGUACAGCAUGAAUCCUCUCUGCAAAUCUCUGGGCUCUCUCCCCGUGAAACCUCCUCCUCUGCCGCUCAAUCCCCCGCUUCACCUCCAGUCCGCAGGGUCCCUCCGUUUCUCUCGCUCCUCCUUCCUCAGCAGCCCUGGAAACCGUAAAUUCAGACCGACCCUCGUCUCGAGAGCCCCGCCGGGGUCUCUCGGCGCGCUCCGAAGCGCCCCGGUUAGAGCCUCCGCCGGCGCGGACAUCGACAUGGUGAAGAACAAGCAAGGUGUCUACGCCCCCAAGCAGAAGAAGGUGGUGGUGCUGUGGGACCUGGACAACAAGCCGCCGCGGGGGCCGCCGUUCCAGGCCGCGACCGCCCUCAGGCGGGUGGCGGAGAACUUCGGCGACGUCGUCGAGAUGUCGGCGUACGCCAACCGGCACGCGUUCAUCCACCUCCCCCAGUGGGUCGUCGAGGAACGCCACGAGCGCAAGCGGCUGGACAUUCUCGAGCGCAAAGGUGUUGUGACUCCGGCCGAGCCUUACGUUUGCAGGGUGUGCGGCCGCAAGUGUAAGACGAAUUUGGACUUGAAGAGGCAUUUUAAGCAGUUGCACGAGCGAGAGAGGCAAAAGAAGCUGAAUAGAAUGAGGUCUUUAAAGGGGAAGAAGAGGCAAAAGUACAGGGAGAAGUAUAUAGCUGGGAAUCAUAAGUAUAAUGAGGCGGCGAGGGUGUUGAUCAAGCCAAAAGUCGGAUACGGUUUGGCAUCGGAGUUGAGGAGAGCUGGCGUUUUUGUUAAGACUGUGGAGGAUAAGCCACAGGCAGCGGAUUGGGCCCUGAAGAGGCAAAUGCAGCAUUCAAUGAGUAGAAGGAUUGAUUGGUUGUUUUUGGUGUCUGAUGAUUCGGACUUUUCGGAGAUGUUGAGGAAGGCAAGGGAGGCGAAUUUGGGGACGGUUGUGGUUGGGGAUUGGGAUCGGGCAUUGGGAAGGCAUGCUGAUUUGUGGGUUCCUUGGAAUGGGGUAGAGAAUGGGGAGGUCACUGAGGAAAAUUUGGUGCCCAAUAGGAGGAGAGAGAGGGAGGACACUGAAGGGGAGGACGGUUUCUUUUCACUUUCAGUCUUUGAUGAGGACGUUGAUGGGGACAGCGACUUGGACAAUGUAGUGAAUGAGCUUGUUGCAGGAAGGUCUGAGAUUGGUAGCGUGAGGAAUUCUGUUUUUUCAGAAGGAGAGGAUGACGAGGAAGAAGAUGAAUGGGACACAGUGGAAGUACCCAAUGGCUUUGUGUUGGGGUAUAGUGAGGAUGAGGAAGAUGUCUUCUUCUGAUACAAAAAUUAUCUCUCGUUGUCAAAGUUUGUUUCAUAGCCAAUUUGAUAAUUGAAUUGCAAUGACAUUGUGUUCAAGAGCUGUUCAUAGGUUACCUGGGAAGAGAUGGCCAUAUGGACGAAUUGGCGACUAAUUAGCUGGUUUGUUUCCGACAAGUUUGCGUACAAAAGUUACCGAUCUGUGUAUAUUAUAGACCAUAUUUCUCAAAGGCUUAACUCUCUUACUGGAUCUAUCGCUUGGAUUAACAGCAAUACAAGGCUCAUUUUGUGUCUUCUUCAUCAACCGCAACUAUUUCUUUUUGAGACAGGAUAAUAAAUCUGCUCUGGUAUAAAUUCACCCUUA